AUGUCUGCUCGUACUUUGUCGCAAAGCCUUCGCGCCCGCUGCCUUUUCCGCAGACCUCAGAACGUUCAGGGUUUCUCGACUCGUACCAACCUCCGUGCUGCUGAUCAUGGAGAUCACUACGACCCUCCCACUGGGUGGCUUUUCGGUGUCAAGCCAGGCCAGAAGUACGUGAAGGAAGGCUGGGAGAACAUCUGGUAUUACGGAUUCAUUGGUAGCUUGCUCGUUGCCGGUGUCGCAUAUGUCUUCAAGCCAGACACCUCGUACGUUAAUCCCUUGCGCUCGGCUUGCUAUCAGCACGCUCGCUAUAAACAGCAGAAGCUGCUAUGCUGCAUGAAUAUACAAACAUGGGCCUUGGAGGAGGCACGGCGGAGACUGGAAGCCGAGGGUAUCCUGGAGGACCCCGAGAAAGCUCAGAGGAAGUAA